UACCCUCUACAUUCUGAAAAAUACGUCUUCAUCAUCAUCAUCAUGCCUCUUCUGCUCAGCACAAACCAAGGCCAAUCCCUCUGCUUGGCAUCAUCUCUUGUCCUCAUUUUGGCCUUUUUCUCCUCCCAAGCAUUUUCUAGUCGCCAACUUCAUGGUCCAGCGAUCAUCUCCAAGUCUCUGAAAGUAGCUCCAAAUGAUCAUUUUCGAUAUGAAAAUGUCACUAACUUGCCAUCUGAUGUGAACUUUAGUUCAAUGGGGGCUGUGACUCCUGUCAAGUACCAAGGGGAAUGCGGGUGUGGCUGGGCGUUUGCAGCAGUGGCAGCUGUAGAAGGGCUUAACAAACUCAAAACAGGGAACUUAGUUUCGCUAUCGGAGCAAGAACUUGUUGAUUGCAACGUCGGUCUGGACAAUGAUGGUUGCCGUGGUGGUCACUUUGGUUAUGCCUUCCAAUACAUGAUCGAGCGCAACAGGAGCCUGGCAACUGAAGCUGAUUACACCUACCAGGGUGUAGAUGGAGGCAGUUGCAAGGCUGAUGAUUACAACAAGACUGAUGCAUCUGGUGCCAUAACCAUAACCGACUUUGAAAAUGUGCCCGAAAAUGACGAAAAUGCUCUGUUGAAGGCUGUUGCCUACCAGCCGGUUUCCGUUGCCAUUGAUGCCAACACCGUUGAAUUCCAGCAAUAUUCUGGCGGUGUGUACGGUGGACCAUGUGGUACAGACUUAACCCAUGCUGUGACUAUUGUUGGAUACGGUACAAGUGAUGAUGGGGUCAAGUAUUGGCUGAUCAAGAAUUCUUGGGGAGAAGAUUGGGGGGAGAGGGGAUACAUGAGGUUGCAGAGAGACGUUCUUGCCAAGGAAGGACUCUGUGGCAUUGCUAGGGAAGCUUCUUAUCCAAUUGCGGCGUGACACGUUAAAUUAAAGAAACGGCUAGCUGCUGCUAAUUCAUGAUUAUUAUUAGUAUCCCUUAUUAGUAUGGUUUAAUUAUUUCAUUGUUAUUCUUUGUGUUUCUUGUUGGCUGUAAAAUGGUGUGGUUUUAUCAAUAAAUAAUGAUUGUAUUACAUGGA